AGUUAUUAAAUUAUUCUAGAGAUCAAAUAAAUCAUAAAAAAUAUUCAAUGAUAUUAAAAAAAAUUUGUAAAUAUUUUUUGGGAAUCUUAUUAGGACUUCCAUUAUUUAUCUUGAUUUUAGCUUGUCCUGCUUUAGAGAUUACCAAAAUCAUACUUUUUAUACGAUCUAAUGGAGAAUUUCCGUUAUACUUUGCCCUUGAAAUUUCUUAUUUAGUUGUCGCGAUUUUUGGUCCAUUUUUGUUAAUAAGUCUAAUUAUAGCAAAUUGUUGUUUUGGAUCGACGAUAUCGAAACAUGGAUUACAAAAAAUUUUAAUGUGGUUACUUUUGCUAUGGAUAAUUAUUGCAAUCUUAUACACGCAUUAUACGUGGAAUGAGAUGAAUAAUAUUCCAUUUUUCUGUCCAUCAACAUACGAAUAUAUGUUUGCAGAAAAUAGAAUAGCAUGUCAAAUAAGAACCGCUAAUUUAUUAUCAAUGUGGUCUUUUCUUUUAUUGUCUAUACUUUGGGUACAAUUUUUGUGUGCUGAUUGGAUCGAUGAAAAUUUAGUCAUUACCAAUAAAUUAGUUAAUGAUGAAUAAAAAAAAUAAAUUACAGCAAAUAUUUUAAAUUUUAUAAAUUUACUUUCCCGAUAUGUUUGUAGCAUAGUGCAGUGAUAUAUUAAUAAUGUAUAAAAAUAAAUAUAUGGAUUAGU